ACAACAUGCCGCUACUCAUUUCACUACUGCUUAUGGGACUCGACUGCUUGCUGGCAGCUCCAGCAGGUCGAGAGGUGUACAGGAUGCCCCAGAGUGCACUCAAAGCUCUUUCUGAUCGUGGUACCGUGGUUCUAGAGGCAGCCAUGACCAGUGCUCUGUCUGCUCUCGAUCGCGCCUCAUCUGAGAGGAGUCGGGCUGAAGCCGGCUGCCGAGGCUGUGUCCCCUGUUUGUUUCAGGAUUGUGGUCAGCUGUCUGGCUCUUGUUCGUCUCCCUCUAAUGCCUUAUCGGAGCCAAGCUGUGAUAUCAUAAGUAAAGCCCAGAAGCUUCAAGAUGAAGCUGAGCGGAGUUGGGCUCUGAGUCAGGCAUGUGCAUACUAUCAGCAUCGCUGCCCAGCAGGCGAACUGGACAAGGAGAGCUGCAUGAGGAUCAUGGGUGAGAGCUGCAGUGCCCGUGUCCUCCAGUGCAGCCUGCUUAACACAAUGCAGAACCUGGAACCUGCAACACAGACCCAUGCACAGGCAGUGUGUGGCCAGAGAUCAUCCAGGGUUCAAAACAUCACACAACCUCGUUCCAGGAUCGUAGGCGGCUCUCCCGCACCUCUAGGCAGCUGGCCCUGGCUGGUCAACCUCCAGCUAGACGGUGGCCUGAUGUGUGGAGGGGUCCUAGUGGACAGCUCCUGGGUUGUCACCGCGGCUCAUUGCUUUGCUGGCAGCCGCAGUGAAAGCUACUGGACAGCCGUUGUGGGGGAGUUUGACAUCACCAAGACUGACCCUGAUGAGCAGGUCCUCAAAGUGAACCGCAUCAUCACUCAUCCUAAGUUCAACCCAAAGACAUUUAACAAUGACAUAGCUCUGGUGGAGCUGACAUCUCCUGUGGUCUUGUCCGAUCAUGUCACUCCGGUGUGCCUCCCCUCUGGAAUGGACCCUCCUACAGGCAGUCCAUGUCUGGUGGCAGGCUGGGGCUCCCUUUAUGAGGAUGGCCCAUCUGCUGAUGUGGUGAUGGAGGCUAAGGUGCCCCUGCUGCCUCAGAGCACCUGUAAGAGCGCUCUCGGCAAAGAACUGGUCACCAACACUAUGCUGUGCGCUGGCUAUCUCUCUGGAGGCAUAGACUCCUGUCAGGGGGAUUCUGGAGGCCCUCUGAUCUACCAGGAUAGAAUUUCAGGUCGGUUCCAGCUCUACGGCAUCACCUCAUGGGGAGACGGCUGUGGUGAGAAGGGAAAACCAGGAGUCUACACACGGGUGUCUGCUUUCUCUGACUGGAUCCAGGCUGAGAUACAAAAGUCAUUUGGAAGCAGGGAGCCAACAUGUCCGGAGCUUUUAAAGACAACAGAGAUGACAGAAGAGGAACAGAGGGCAGAGUUCAGUUCUCUUUGUCGCUUCUACACACUGACCUGCCCUGCUGGUCAGUCUGUCAGUUCUUGCAACCGAAUGGCUGAGGACAAGUGCAUCACCCGCUUCAAGAAAUGUCAGCUGCGCUCGUUUCUGCAGACCCUUCUGGACUUGCUUCAGAGGGCCGAGGACUACAUCAGAGACAAAGUCGACUUGACCUUUUUCACCCAGACUCUUCCUCAGCUGGUGGAGCACAUCUACAGCACAGCUUUCGCUCACACCAGAGAGAGGAGAGACUUAAGCCACGGUCUCACUCAGAUUAAAGAACAGCUAGGUGGAACUGUGGGGCCAACAGGGCAGGGUCCUUCUCCCACUCUUCCAGCUUUAUUCAGAGACGUCGGACCCUCAGUGGACGACUGGGAGAAAUACCUGAGAGGCAUGGCUGAGGACCUGGACCAUCAACAGUCUGACACUUUCCCAGACACCUCUUCCACAACAACCAGACAGGAGAACGUCCUCUUCUUACAGACAGAAGACUCCUCACUACAUCAGCUGGAAGGAGAACUUCGAUCUGUCAUUUCUGCUCUGCGCUCCAAAUUGGACUUAAGAGCUGCCCCUCCCAUCAUGCACCUGGACACAGUCUACCUCCAGGGGGAAUCUUCUUAUCAACCUUCUUCUCCCGAGUCUUCAACUGGAGCACCAGUCCAUGACGGCCAUUCCUCUUCCUCUUCCCAUGAGCCCCAGCCGCAGCCAUGGUCACUUCUGACAGCCCUGAUGAAUGAAAUGGACAAAUUAAGCACACAAGAUGAAACUACAUUGCAGACCAACACCUCACCUGACAUAGACGCUUCUCCUGAUUUGAACUGGGGCAUCACAUCAGAGGAUUUUACUUUUGUUGAAAACGGAGCACAAUUAAAAUCAUCAGUGUUACCGCUUGAUGAGCAGUCCGCUGCUAUGGUUCAUUUGGUCACUGAGGGUGCUCACACGGAGACAACAGCUGAGCCCAAACGAACUGUGCGCGCUGUAAAAACUUUAAGUCUUCACAGAAAAUACAGGAGCCUUCUCCGCAAGAGGCAGAUACCUGGGGCGGUUGGAAAACUUUGUCCUGGAGUAAGAGAGUCCUCACAGCAGGUCAACCAAGUCAGAGACUCCUACAGCUGGGUCUUAAGCAUCCCAAACAAGAACCUGCGCAUGAGCUUCCAAGAGGUGUUAGUUGAUCUGAGCUCCAAGAACGAACGAGGACUCUACCAGGCGCGGGUCAGAGCAAUAGUAGGAGGACGACCUCUGACCUUCUACAGUCUUGUGGGCCUGGAGAAUGAGUCAUUUUACCGCAGCGUGCCCAGGAUCAUUGCACUGGCACUGGAAGCGCUCAAGACUUGACUUUCAAAAGAAAAUCAAGUGAGAUAAAAGCAAAGACUCAAACAAGAGAUGAAGAGACAUAGACUCUUAAAAUCACCAGAAAAGCCUCUUCAUGUGACAGACACGCACAUCAAACGCACACUCACACAAACUUCAUAUUCUACCGUCUCCUUUGAAAGCAUCGUUCCCUAUCUGAGAGCCUGAGUUUGUCUCUAAAUGAAAACGCAGCCAUGAAUGUAUCAAUCCAACUAUCGACCGCCCAUCAUGCAACAGGAUGUUUCUUUUUUAUAUGGUUGGAGACUCCGCCUUGUCUAACUUAUGAAUCUGUACAAAAGAUAAGUUAUUCAUUAUGUCUUUUGCAAAGGUUGAGCCUCUUGUGAAGCACAGACUGUAUAUAUUAUUCAUAUUC